AUGGUACAACAAGGCCGUGAAAAAGACCCAGAGGUCACACUUACAGAGAAUGACUUCUCCAAACGCCCCAAAUGCUUCAACAGCACUCUCCAAGAAUGCCUAUUCGUCUUAACAGCCACCAUGGCCAUCGGCCAACAAUCAUUCUUCCAAGGCUGUAUCGUUGGCGUGACCGCCUCAAUCGGAACAGAUUUGAAUAUGAACUCAGCUGAGAUUACCUGGAUUAACGCCGGCGCCUCCCUAAGCAGCGGCGCCUUCCUCUUAUCAUUCGGCAAACUAGCCGACAUGUUCGGCCGCAAAACCCUCUUCAUAAUUGGAAUGGCAGGCUUCACCCUAUCCCUGCUAAUAGCCGGCUUCGCCACAAACGCUAUCUACAUGGACGUCUUCUCGGGAAUCCUAGGCCUCUUCGCCGCAGCCGUCGUCCCACCAGCCGUAGGCGCCCUAGGCGCCGUCUACGAGAAGCCAUCGAAACGGAAAAACCGCGCCUUUGCUUGUUUCAGUGCUGGUAAUCCGCUUGGGUUUGUUGGUGGUAUGAUUAUUUCGGGUGUUGCGUCACAUGAGUAUAACUGGCGUGCAUCGUUUUGGGCUCUUGCGGUUGUUUAUGCUAUCUUUACGGUUUUGACUGUUUGGACGGUUCCGGCUGAUGGGUUUGCAAGGACGCCUGUUUCUUUGGAUGCGUUGAGGAGGUUUGAUUUACUGGGCACUGGGUUGGUGAUUGUUGGGUUUGCUUUCUUUUCGAGUUCGCUUUCGCUGGCUGGUGAUGCGCCGGAUGGUUGGAGGACUGGUUACGUCCUUGGCUUAUUCAUCGUGGGAUUCUUCCUGCUUGUUGCGUUCUUGUAUUGGCAGUCUAUUGCCGAGAACCCUCUGAUGCCACUCUGGGUUUGGAAAGACCGCAAUUUCUCAUUGCUCAUGGCAACAUUCUGUCUCGGCUUCAUGGGCUUCUCCGCCGUCACUUUCUACCUCUCCCUCUACCUCCAAGAGGUGAAGCACCAAGCAGCCCUCGAAAUCACAGUCAAGCUCCUUCCAAUGGUUGUCAGCGGCGUACUAGUCAAUGUUGUCUGUGGCCUGGUCCUCCACCGCGUGAGCAACAAAGUGUUAACCGGAAUCGGGGCACUGGCAUACACAGCAUCCUUCCUAAUUCUGAGUUUCAUGAAGGAAGACGCUACCUACUGGGCGUUUAUCUUCCCGGCUUUGGUUCUUGUGGUUGUUGGUGCCGAUAUUCAGUUCAAUGUCACGAAUAUGUACGUCAUGUCCUCUCUACCGCCUUCCCAGCAAUCCAUCGCCGGUGGAAUCUUCAAUACAGUCAGCAAGCUUUGCAAUAAUCUCGGUCUUGGUAUCGCUACCUCUGUUGAAACCUCUAUCGUCAACAAGAUGACUGCUUCUACCCCUGCCAUUCAGCCUUACUUGGCUGUUUACUGGUAUGCGGCUGCGGCUGCGGGUCUUUCGUUGUUUAUGGUGCCGUUCUUGACCCUUGGGACUCAGGGUAAUACCGAAUCCCAGGAUGAUGAGGUACUCACCAGCGAGACAGCGGGAGAGAAAAUGGCUAGUGUUCAUCCAGAGGAUGUACCCAUUGCUGGUCCUACAGGGUCUGUUAUUUCUCCUGUUGUUGAUAUUAUGGAGCAUGAGAAGAGAUAG